CCCGUCAUCCUUAUUAUGCUAUCUAGCAUUUUGGGUGGAUGAGGCUGAAGAAGACGAGAUCAUGAGCCAGAAAAGAAAGGCGUCCGGGGAUCUCCCAAGCCCGAAGAGGCUGCAGAAGCAAACAACAUUGGACGGUUAUGUCGAUCCGAUUUAUCAAGAAAAACACUCUGAUGCCGAGUAUGCCUCUUCGGGUAGUGACAGUGAAGCGGGCGAGAGUCUUCAAGAAACGCCCGGGACGCCCAUGUCAACAACAUCCUCUAGAUAUCCUUCGGAGCUGAAGACUCACCGCUGCCCCUUCGACGGCUGUACUAAGGCCUUUAACCGUCCAGCACGACUCCAAGAACAUCUACGCUCUCACAACAAUGAGCGACUCUUCCAAUGCCCUCACGAAGACUGCGACAAGAAUUUCCUCCGUGCGUCUCAUCUGAACCACCACGUCAAAAGCGCCCAUACCGGGAUUCGCGAUUACGUCUGCGAACGUCCAGGCUGCGGGAAGAGUUUCGUCACAGGCUCACGUCUCCGACGACACCUGGCUGCGCACGACGGUCGAGACAAGUACCGAUGCACGGAAUAUCCGCCAUGCGAGGAGACCUUCCGGAAACACACGACACUCCAGAAACACAUCCUCAGUGUCCACCUCAACAAGAAACCCUUUCCGUGCACGCACGUCGACUCAACCACGGGCCAACAAUGUACCAUGGCAUUCGACACAGCAGGACAUCUCCGCGCGCACGAAAGUCGAGUCCACAGCGAGAAACGCUUUACCUGCGCCGAGUGCGCUCAACGUGCGGAUACUGAACAGCCCACCACCAACUCCUCAAGCUCUUCCGAAACAACAACUUUCCCAACCUACGCCUUGCUCCAAGCCCACAUCCGCACCGUGCAUCCACCGCAAUGCCCGCACUGCCCACUCACCUGCUCCACCACGCGCGAACUCCGCCGCCACCUCGAAGUCGCCCACGGCAACGUCCCCCUCUCGGACCGCAAGGUCUUCCCUUGCACCGUCCCCGGCUGCGACAGCAGCUUCACCAAAAAGGGCAACCUGACCGUGCACGUGCGCACCGUGCACCAAGGCGAGAAGCGGUUUGUCUGCGGCGAGACCGACCUGUCAGCCUCGAAGCGCGUCGCCGGCUGGCCCGGCGGUGCGGCCCACGGCUGCGGCAAACGCUACGGCAGCAAGCUCGCCCUGGAGGAACACAUCCGCACGGCGCACAUGGGCUUCCCGAACGCCAAGGCGGAACGGCGCCAGCGGUUGGGCUUGGCGCCGAAGGCCUCCGGUCAGCAGCGCGGUAGCACAGCCGCAGGCGGCAUCGGCACAGGGCCGUCGGCGUUGGCGGCCCUGACGGGAGCCGGCUACGCCGAGGAAACGGGCCGCCAGAUCCUGUGCUUGGAGGCAGGAUGCGCGCACCGCUUCCAUCGGAACUACGAUCUCUGGGUGCACAUGGGAAGUAGGCACGGGUGCUCGGAGGAUGAAAUCCGGGAUAUGUUCAUGCAGAGGGCUUUGUUGUUGGCGGAUGACGGCGCGCCGCAGUCCGCUCCUUCUGCUGCUGCUGCGAACACGAUGACGGCGGCAAUGAUGGGUGAUUUGUUUGGGUUGUACGGGUUAGAGUUUGACAACGACGACGAUGGAACGGGGUACGAGCCGUACCACCUCAGUGGGAAGCCGGUGGUUGCAGGGCCGUUUGAUGGUGGAGACCUUGUCGGUGGCUACGCGGCGGGAGGGUUCGCCUCCGAUAAUGACUUGAUGCACGAUAUUGAUUCCAAGAUACCCAGCGCGACGCGUGCGACUGUUGAUGAUGAUUUGGCGAUGAUUGAUCCUUUGUUGGAGUUUAAUAACCUGGCGGGAUAAGUUUUAAGACUGAUGUAUUUGACAUUCUAUUUCGGGGCUCUUUAUGGCUAUGUGGAGCAUGUGG